CCCACGCGCUAGCCUCGUUGACAUAGGUGGUGCUGAUGAGGUGUUGCGUUGUAUAUUUCAUAGCAUCACUGCUGCUAGCCUACUAUCACUUUCACUUCUUCAUAUCAAGUAAGCGGACUCGUUUUGAGUGUCGGUGAAAUAUAUACCCCUAGGUGGUCUGAGAGGACAUUUUUAACAUUUGCGUCAAGCUUUUAGCUUAAAAAGUCGUCACUGUUAUUAGCCAGUCAACGCCGUAACAGCGACAGGCUAAUGCCAUUAGGCUAACGUGCUAGCAGUGAGCGAACCCCGUGUUGUUUGAGAACGGAGAGCAUUUACGUGAAGAGGCUCGGGUCGUGUUGUCAUCCUCAGAUACGGGCAGCCAUGGCGGCUGACAUGUGAAAGUGGCAUUUCCAAGUAAUUGACGUUAACGCUAAUACCGUUUUUUAUAAACGACCUGCGUGUGCGGAGUGUGGAGAAAUGAACGCACCGCUCGGAAGGAACGGGUUAAUCGGGCUUGCUGUCGGAGCUACGGCCGGUUUGGGCUUGAUUGCCUUCAUAAUUUACAGAGAGAUCAGCCGGAGAAAGAGCCAGAGAGUGGCGCUGGAGGCCCGGCCAGCUCCCCGGCUGUGUGACGGGGCGGACGGAGCAACGCUGCUGCGGGACACGCUGGAUGCACAGGAGGCAGAGGCCCAGCAGCAGGCUCUGGCAGCGGUGGAGGCGGUGGUUCAGGGCCUGUCCCCAGAGCAGCAGCUGGAGCUCAGGAACCAGCUGGACCAGGUGCUGAACUGCGUGUCCUCGCUGCGAUCAGAGGUGGCCGAGCUGAGGGGCGGCCUGCAGGACAUCGCCCUGCAGAUCAUCCAGGAUGUCAAAAAGGGAGUGGAGGACAGUCAGCGGGUGCGUCGACGGCGCCACGUCGCCCACAGGGAGCGCACAGACUCCAAUAGCUCCAGCUCCAUCUACUUUACUGCCAGCCAGGGCAUGGCCAGCACGUAUGAAGAGACCAGCGAAGGAGGGUACUCAACGGCCUACGCUGAGUCAGACUACACGGAUCGGGACACGGAUCGGGACACGGACAAAGAGGAGGGCGAGCGGGAACCUGAACAGGAGUCUGAGGAAGAGGAGGACAGGAGCUGUGCCACUGUCCUCACCCUCCGCCAGGAAGACUCCCAGGAGGAGGAGGACAGGGGGCUAGAGGAGGAGGAUGAGGAGGAGGAGGAAGAUCAGGGGAGGCUGCAGCUGGUGACUGAAGUCCCCAGUGGGGAGCUGGCUCUCCUCCUGGCUCAGAGUGACAUCCUCCACACAGGAGAUGCCAGUUUAAAGGCAGAAGGCUUCCGCCUGCUGCUGGACAACAGAGCAGAGUAUGGAGACAGCAGGGAGUUUCUAUGGCGACUGGCUCGGGCUUACAGCGAUAUGUAUGAGUCCACUGAGGACAAGCAAGAGAAGAAAACCUACGCACAGCAAGGUCGGGAGGAAGCGGAGCUGGCCCUGAAGAAGAACGGCCUGAAUGCUGAGUGUCACAAAUGGUUUGCUGUGCUGACAGGACUGACCUCCCAGCAUGAGAGCAUGCAUAGCAAACUGAAGAGCAGCCACAUAUUAAAGGAGCAUUUGGACUGUGCACUGGCCCUCAGAGACGAUGACCCCAUGUGUUACUACUUGCUCGGCAGGUGGUGCUACGAGGUAGCCACUCUGGACUGGCUGGAAAGGAAGGCGGCUGCUGCCCUCUACCAGAACCCCCCCACCUCCACACUGCAUGACGCCCUCGAGAACUUCCUCAAGGCAGAGGAGCUCAGUCCUGGCUUUUCCAAGACAGUGAGGCUUUACAUCGCAAAGUGUCACAAGGACCUGGGAAACAUCUCUGAGGCCACGAACUGGACUGAGCUGGCUCUGAAGAUGCCCUCAAACACUAACGAUGAUGAAGAAACCUCUAAACUGCUGGCUCAGCUUCAAGUCUUAACUGACAGAAAAAUCUGAACACUUGUUUUUCCUACUGAGAUCCAGCAGAUGGAGCCACUCCACACCGAUUUGCUAGUCACGCCGCCAAUCCGUGCUCAUUCGAUCAGAUGUGCCCAACAAACUGCACGCUCAUCUCCUUUCCCUUUAUUGGUGGAUAUCUUUGUCAUAUUGUGACUGUGAAAUGAUCUGGAGUUCAUUGAUGUUUAUUUAUUUCCUGCAAACUUUAAUAUGGCUAAAUUGAGUCAGUAUCAUUGAGUCAUAUUUAUUGAAUUAUAUAUGGUAUCUUUAAUGUUUUUUAACUAUUGGUUUGUCUUUUAUCUGAUUUAAACACAACUAGGUUUUGCUUUUAAGUACAAUCAUCUUAUUUAAGAGUUUCAGGAUCAGGAUUCACCCAAAUUACAAAACACACACUUCCCUCUCGCUGUAUCUAGUCAAGAGACAGAUAUACAUGGCUAGAUACUGGAUAUGUUAUUUGGGUGGUUCAACCUUUCUUUUUAGUUUAGAUUUUGUAAGAGAUGACUGAGUCUGAGGUUCCAAUAUGGGGACCAAUAAGGAGUAACAGCUGCUUCCACGCAGUCAAUAUGCUGUUUGAGAAUGAUUUCAGUUUAGGGUGGUAGUGGAACAUGUCUGAAAAUCUACUAGCAAUGCAACUGACAGUGACCAAUUAUCCACUAACCAAGAAAUGGAAUCGGAGCUGGUAGUCCGGUGCGAUCAGGGAUGUUUUAAAAGCUUUAGGUAAAACAGGACUUUGGAAAUCACUUCAACAAAAACAGCUAUCUAAUCUCAGUUAUUAGUUCUAGUUUGUGUUGUAUACCCUUUACUCUGACUGUUCUGCUGGGUUGCUCUUGUUUUGUGGAGAUAAAUGACCAUGUAGAUGUAGUGGUAAGAUUGAAGUAUUUACACACACACACACACACACACACACACACACACGGAACCUCUGCAACCACUGACGUAAAGGACAGUGCAUGAAGCCUUGUGUUGGGUUGGGACUGCAGAGUAUCCCUGUGUUUUGGACCCCGAUUGUUCCGAUUGUGGACUUUGAGUGUGUUUUUACAUUCCUGCUAUUUUCUGGGAGUGAGAGUAAAGCUGCAGGAUGUCAGCAGGUUAUUUGUGAUCUAACGACACUUUCUAUUCCUUUAUUCUUAUUUUGCAGUCACUGCUGUUGUAAACUGACACAUGGAUAACUGAAUAAAAUUAUUUUUUUGUAUUUA